ACGACACCCAAAAGCCAAACAAGGUGCAGCCCCAGCUCUAGUGCUCUAGUGAGUAGUGGAAAGAUCGAGCGAGCGGAGAGACUCGAUCGUUAUGGCGCUGUCCACCCCGACCUCCGUGGUGCUGGAGCUGAUGACGAUGGGACAGCAGUCCGCGGCGCACCUGGGGGAGCUGCUCAUGGCGGCAUCGCCGCCCAUGGUGGCGGAGCGCGGCCAGGCGCUCACCGCGGAGAUCCUCCGCUGCUGCGACCGCGUCAUCGCCGCGAUCAGCGGGGGCGCCACCAGCAGGAAGAGGAAGGCGACCAUGGAGCACGGCGUUCUUAUGCCAUCCAAAAGAAGGUCGCGUAGUGGUGCGGAGGUGCGUCGGGAGGUCCGGAGCCGGACGACUGCGGACGGGUUCGUGUGGAGGAAGUACGGGCAGAAGGACAUCAAUGGAAGCACCCACCCGAGGUUCUACUACCGCUGCGCGUACAGCGCCAAUGGCUGCGGCGCGACUCGCCGGGUUCAGCAGUCGCAGGAGCACCCCGCGGCGUUCGUCAUCGCCUACUACGGCGACCACACUUGCGGAGCUGGCGUCGGCGAUGCGUGCCAACGGGCGGCACCGCCGCUGCCUCCUGCUGCUAUCUACCCAAAUGCUGGCGGAGUAGCCGGUUUCUUUGAUCAAUAUCAGAACGUGGAAUCUCCUCAGCCGUUGCUCGCCGCCGAGCAGAGUUGGCGCCGUCAAGGCGAGGCUCCCUGCAGUGAGACGUCUGGGGGACGGUGGUCGUCGUCUUCCUCCACCUCUUCAUCGGAAGCGGAACUCGGCACUUCUCCUGUAAUGGAGUUUCUGGAGGGCGACCUCGGAUUAGGAUGGGAAUGCGCCGUCAACUACCUUUGUUUCACCGAUCUCGCUCAGACCGGUGUGAUUUAGUAGAGCGUAGCAGCUGCCUCAGCGUGCGGUACAUCCCGUGCACUGUCUAGUUGACUGGCCUGGAACUCGCUGGGCACUAGUCCAAACCGUAGCGACAAGAUGGCGAUUUAGGUGGGUGAGAGAGCAUGUACAUUUUUUGAGAUUUGCUUGUUCUAAAGUUAAGCUGUAACUGAAUUUUUUCAGUUGCAAGUGGCAAUGUAACAAAACAAAA